AUGGUAAAACCACACGAAAUUUUUUAUAUCAAUGGCACAGAUAUCAAAGAGUUUUACUUUAACUUCACCAAUCCAAAUAUAUCAUUGAUAGUAAAUGAUUAUACAAAGCAACAGUAUGUUUCAUCAAUUGAGCCUUCAACUGUAGAUGGCGGGAAAGUAGUACUCCAUGGUGAUUUUGGUGAAUACCAUGAUAAUCUUACAGUAUCCAUAGGUAAUUUGGAGUGUGAUGUAAUAUCAGUAAAUGAAACAGUUAUAGAGUGUGAUAUUGGUCCAGGUGAAGGUGUCAAAGAUGUUGUUGUUUUCCAAAACUCAUUUACAUGGUCUGGUCUUCAAAUCUAUCAAUAUAUAUCCAAUCAAAUAAGCUGUCCAAAUAACUGCACCAAUUCAAACCAAGGUGCUUGCGAUUUAAACAUUGGCAUUUGUACAUGUACAAAUGGAUUUACUGGUUUAGAUUGCUCUUCAAAAGAUCAUGUGGAGUCCUCAUUACCAGAAUCAAAUACCAAUGUUAAUGUCGAUGAUGGAACUAGUUCUAUUACCAAUGAUGAUAUAAAGUUUGAAACAUUCAUUGGAAAAUUAAUCGAACUUGACCUAUCAGAUAAUGUAAUAGAGUCAUUUGAUUUGGAUAAUAAAUGGGUACUAGAUAAGGAAAAAAGCAAUGCCAAUACAUACACCUUUUUACAAUACAUUGCAAAGGUCGACUGUACAAUUACUGCCACUUUUGAUACCAUCGACUCUGAUAAACAAAUUUCAUUUGGUGGUAUCGAUUUUACCAUUGAAAAAAGCUCUAUUAAAAUUUCAAUCUCGAUAGAAAAUUACAAAUACUCCAGUGUUUUAAAUAGGUUACAACUUCAAGUCACAUCAACUGCAAACCAAUUAUCCAACAAAAAUAAUUGUAACACAAAUGAUACUGAAACCAAUAUAGAUUUUGAUGAAUCCCAAUCAAGCUAUGUUCAAUUAGUGACAAUAUCGAAAAAUGGUAAAUCAUUCUAUGGAAGAUUAAUAAAUAGAGUUAUUUCAGAUGGCAGAAAUACUUUUAUUUCAAAUUCUUUAAUUUCAAAAAAUGAAGAUUCAAUUACAAUAGGUUUAAAUUUACCACAUUGUACACAAUGUUUGAUCGAUCCAGAUUUUUCUGUUUUAUUAAAACCAGAUUUUAAAUCUUCAGACUCUUGUAAAAGUAAAAGUAAAAAUAAAGGAUAUGUGAUUCCAGUAGCUGUAACCAUUCCAGUUGUAGCAGUUGCUGCUAUUUCUGGUUUAUCCAUAUUCCUUUAUAAAAAGAAAAUCCAAAACAAAGAAAUGAAACAAAUUAAAAAUAGAUUGGAACAACUUAAUUAA